CCUGGAGCAGAUGAGCGCAGAAUAUUUAGGCGAAAACGCGAGGAGGGGGUGGGAUCGCGGGGCAGGAGGAGUAUCUCCGCCAAGAAAAUUAUGCAUGCGUUAGGGGAGCUCUGAGAGAAUGGCUGUGGAAGCUCUCCACUGCGGUUUGAAUCCACGGGGAAUUGAUCACCCUGCCCAUGGUGAAGGUAUUAAACUACAAAUUGAAGGCGAAGGUGUUGAGUCUCAAUCCAUUAAAAAUAAAACUUUCCAGAAGGUGCUUGACCAAAAAGGAACCCCCAAGCGACUGCAGACAGAAGCCGAGACAACUAAGUCAGCUACGGUGAAGCUGUCAAAACCAGUGGCCCUGUGGACCCAGCAGGAUGUCUGCAAGUGGCUGAAGAAACAUUGUCCAAAUCAGUAUCAGAUCUACAGUGAAUCAUUCAAACAGCACGACAUAACUGGGCGAGCCCUGCUGAGACUUACAGACAAAAAGCUUGAGCGAAUGGGGAUCGCCCAGGAGAACCUCCGGCAGCUCAUCUUGCAACAGGUGCUCCAGCUGAAGGUGCGCGAAGAAGUCAGAAACCUACAGUUACUCACACAAGGAGGUGAACACCCCUCUCCUCAAACCAUCAAGAGGACUGGUAGUGGCAGAAAUGAAACCAGUGGAGCUGAGAACACAUGUGACUUCUCCCACCAAGGGGCUGCCUCAGCCGAGGGUUCUCCAUAAAUGCAGUUAGCCUUCCAAGCUGCUGUCCUGCCAGUCAAUACGAACAUGGCCUGUUCCUCACAGAAAGACUAACUCAUGGCACUGUCAGAAGAUAUCCUUGGAGCAUUGACAGAUUAACCAGAUUAACUGGAAAACCACCCAUUCAGUCAAGACUACCGGCUUUGGAAAAUCUUAGUUUGCUCUGGAUUUUUAAAUGAGGUGCAUAAUAUACAGUGCCAGCUUGCUCCAAGUGGUCAUUGGCAGACCAUUGGCUGGAAAAUUGCUUCCAGUUUUCAUCACUGUGCAUAACUGAGGCUCCCUUUGGGGAGCUGUCUGUGCCCUUCACUACAGGUCCUGUUUAGCAUGGCAACUACUGGAUUAUUUUAUUAUGUGUGCAGAUGGCAUGAUGUGUUAGAAAAAAAAAAUUAACAGCAGUCCUGCAAUCUCAGUGGAAGUGUUCACAAUAUUAUGCCCUGGUAGGAGUAUAAACAUGUCUCGAUUGUGUUAGUUAUGGUGUCUCCAGGUAGUCUGUCCAACUCUUCAGCACUUUACAUGAUAACCCUACACUGAAACAAAUCAGCACGUUGAGUAUAUGUGAGAAAACAAGUUCUUUCUUCUUUCUUAUAAAUUUUAUCCUGUUUUGGCUCAGACUGUCCAAGGCGAGACUCCACUCCCAGCAUUUAUCCCAUAGUUUGGGACAGAUUGGUAAAUAUGGCCACAAUACUGUUAGAUUUAACCUCUUGACACUUUACGGAACAACUUGAUUUCUUUCAGCACCAAAGGGAGGUAAAGGUGGGCCUGGGGAAUGGUGGUCGUUUCCUCUUCUUGGGCACAUCUUACCACAAGCACAUCCACACUCUCAAACACAGGAGGCUUCUAAUUGGCCAGGACACAUAGUGUCUCUUUUUCUAGAAGAAUUCUUUCACCAAAAAUGGGGGGAAUGGCCACAUUUUCAUCUUAGACUAUUGUGCAUUGAUAGUAAGGACAGAAGAAUAAAGGGGUAUGACUUUAACACUUUGGAAAACUCUUUAGGUCAAGUUUUGAUCUCAACUCUCUAAAGAGGAAAAAAUAGCAAGUGACCCCCUGCAUGUCUAGAGAAGCAAGAGUUUCCAAUCACACACUAGGUUUUCUUCCUCACCUUUUUAAUCCUAUCUGGAAUUAUACCUGUUAACUAAUAUUUUUUACUAUGUUUUACAACAAAGCACAGUCUUGGGAUGCCAGUCAACCCAGUUAUUGCUUGUCUUUAGGAAUUAGAGGAAUGUUCAUGUUGACUGACCCUUCAUCAUGCUUUAGGCAUUUUUUUCCCCUGAAAAUGUAAAGUUGACUGAAUCAGAAACUCAGCCAAGUAUGUUCUGUGUGCCCACAAUCCCAGUCUGUAGCUCGCAGGCAUAGGAGACUUUUCUUUAAAUACAUGUAACAACCCUGGGAUCCAGCCAGCACAAGCAAGCUUGGCAUUUUAGAGGGUCACCAGACACACACUCAUUGUCUGUUCUCCCACAUCUUUCCUCCCCUGGGGGUACCAGGAAAUGCACAGCCCAUUAGAAAACAUCCCCGCCUGAGAUUUGGAAGCUUUCCAGGGAAGGAGGGAGAUCCAAAGGUGAUUCGGGUGAGUCACCAGGCCAGAUGACGCACCGCGAGCCUGCAGGCUGUGGUGCCAAAGAAGGGGGCUUCCAAGAGGGAACUCACAGGAGCUUCGGUCACCAGCGAGAUCCGGCCCUUUGGUGGGUCAACAUCAGGACCAACAGUGUAAUUCUUUACAGAUCCAAAAUUAAGAGGUCAAAGCCUGGCUGCCAAUGCCCUGGACACCUCAGUCCCCACCACCCAUCUCCAGAGGUUCAAUUCCAACAGCAGAGCUCACUCCAGUCUUUCGUUUGCUCCUUUCUUGAGUCAUCAAGUGUUUAUUGAGCAUCUACUGUGCCAAGCAUUGAGCUGCGGCACUAUCGUUUACAAGGUAGAUGCUCCCUGCCCUUAUAUCUCCUCCUCCCAAACACUAUCCCAACCCCACCUUUUCCACAGUGAAAACUGAAUUCAGACAGCAUUCACUCCUCCAGAGCAAUGUGGGGGAAACAGUCGUGCACAGUUCCCUUGACUGAGGAAUCAGGCAGCAGAGGGGGAGGUAAUGGACAGUAUCAGGCCAUUUAUUUGCAUCCGUUAUGUACAGCCAGCCCUUCAGGCACCCAGAUUUAGCUGAUGAGAGCUUCCCAAAGCAACUUUCAGUUGCUUCUCUUGAUGUCCACCCUGGUCAUCUAUAUUCCCAUCCCUUCUACAGAAACAGCCAUUCGUCAUUAUGCUGGGUUCUCUGAAAGCCCAGUUUUAUAACUAGUCCAGCGGACACAGAAUUGGGCCUGACGAACUCGACAGAACUAUGGCCAGGUGCUGAGAUACUGUAGCUAGGAAUGCAUCGGUUUAGCCGGGAACGUUAAUGACUGUUAACACCCUUGGAAAACCGAACAUGCUUUAUGGUGCAGAUAGAUGUUCAUUAAAUGAUGGUGAUUCAUCCUUACUUUGGCUUUUGCAAAAUAUGUUAUGAACAAGUAAAUAAGUAGAGUUGUCUAGCCCUUUUUUUUUGAAUCAAAGUGUGCUGGACAGUUUUUUAAAGGUAGUGGGUGAAGGUGGAAAUAAGAGAGGGCAAAGAUGGAGACAAUGAAAGAGCCCCAUUGAAGAUGGCUCCUCUAAAAAUGCCUUAAUUCCUGGCACGUACCACAUAUUUGCAUAUGAACUACUACUGUUUUCCAAACUGUCGCCCUCUGUUUGAAAUCAUUUGAGGGCAUGGUUUUGGAAACGUGGUGGCUUAAAACCAGAACAGUCACAACCUAAACCAGCAAAAUUGGGGAAACGAUUUCCUUCUCAGCCUUGGGAUUCUUUGUUCUGUGCUGACCCACAGUUACCCAUGGCUACUCCCUGCUGCGUUGUACCUUCUUCCCAAGAUGCGUGUAGGACAUUUUACCUCCCAGGGAUGGCUCUGUUGAGUUUUGUUUAGUAGGAGGCAGGAAAUGGGGAGGAAGACUAUAAAGGCUUUGAUGUCUAAGGGCUGUAAACUGUUGAUGCAUUAACUUUUCCUCUUACUUGAACUUGUGCUGCACCUUUUAUUAAAAGUCUGGCCCCUACACUCACACAGGAAAGGCACUCUUGGGAAUGAACAGAAACGGAUAAUUAUCAGACUCUUUGGGGUGCCAAGGCGGAUAAGCUCAGGUCAGGCUCCAGAACUGAAUUUGAAUAUGCAGAGCAUUGGUUGUUCUGCUAGGGUAAAAAGCACAUCACCCGAGUAGUUUAAGAUGCACCUAGGGGACAGAGACACUAUCAGCUUUCUUGUGGGUAAUGGCGUGUCUUUGAUUCCCUGCUUAGGCUCUGUGAGGUGUGUAACUGCGCCAUCGACUUCUACCUCCAGAUUACAGGAAAUAACCCAGGUUCCCUCCAGAGUCCCUUCUCAGUUGCCCAGACAGAGGCGAAUAGUCCUUCAUUCUGGGGGAAUUAAGCCUCUUUUUUAACCUUCAAAGGGAAAGGAAUAUCAACCUUACCUGAGAAUAUAAACAAAGGGUUAAAACCUCUAAUAGAUGCACCCUCUUGUUUCUUGCAAAUGCUUUCUUUGUCUGCAAAUGUCACAUAAUUGUUUUGGGAUAGGAACAAUACAAGUCUAAUGGAAGAAAAGUUUUCAAGACCCCCUUAGUGCUUUCGUUUCACCAAAACCUCCUCUUCCAGUGCAUUAGCAGCUUCAUUCUUUGUGAUGCUUUCCUCUGCAUUCUUUAGAGUAAUUUUGUUACUUGACAACUAGACUUAAAGCUGCCUGUCGUCUCUUUUUAAAAACUUAAUCUUUAAAAAGACAUCAAUUCUAUGCCUUAAAGGCUGUUUUUAUUCACCUCUCCCACACCCCCUCCACCUCACUUUCUUGCUUUUUUGUGUUUUUUUUUUUCUUUUAAUCUCCUUCUUUUUGCAUAGUUCCUUGGGUAGAUUUCAAGUAUUCUAUAAAGAACUCAAACAGAGAAACAUAGUUGUCACCUUUUUUCCCCAGGACUGACUAAUAAUUCCUUCUUAAGUUUGAUCUUGGUGAAAGCUAGUUGCCCAAACAGCACUGGGACAGGGAUUCUGAUCUGGGGGUGGGGUGGGGGUGGUGGUAAUGGCAGAUCAGUGCCGAUAAUCAAAACAAGGGCCAUGAGAUCACAAGAGAGGACAGCCCAGGAGAUGCACCUGCUCAGGACACAGCCAGGGACUCAGUUUCAAAGACAAGCAGGUCCUUCUCCUUAGUCUCCUGAGAUGUGCAUCUCAUCCUGUAGCCAGAGAACUCACUUAUGAGUUCUGCUUUAUUAAUGUGAAAUAUUCCUGGCUCUGAGACACAGCUUCAAGGUCAAAGAGAGCUGUGUUUGCAUUGUUUUGCUCUGGUGACUUACUCCAGGAAGGAGAUGGGGAGCCUUCUUUUGAAGGUGAACCACCUGUGGGAAGCUUGAGGAAAAAUUAGCCAAGGAGGUUACACCAGCCCUUAAUAAAAAGCACAAAAUAAAGCCUUCCCUGGAGAUGCUCAUUUGGGAAGAUGGCUAGGAGGAUGGUACCCUGGUUUCUUCUGGCCAUUAUCUUGGCUCUGCAGGGAAAAUUCUGGGCAAGUGCAGCAAGCUCUAAGAUCUGACUUUUCGGGGUGAAAUUUGCCUGUGACAGAAGUGCCUUUGAGUAUGGGACUGGUUUUAGACAUCCUGCUCAACUGGAGAAUUCCAUGGACAGAGAAGCCUGGCAGGCUACCAUCCGUGGGGUCGCAAAGAGUCGGAAAGGACUGAAUGACUAACCCUGACUGACUCAGCAGCACAGACUGAGAAAUUAUGAACACCGAACAGCAGAAAAGGGGUAUACAAGGCACUGUAAAUCUGGAGUUUCCAUUGCCACAUAUAGGGCUAUUUUAAAAUCUUGCAGAGCCCCAAGCAUCCUUACUUCAGAGGCUCCCUUCCGCAAUUAUAUCAAGCACUACAAGUCACCAACAGCUUAGGCCUCAUAAAAUUUCAAAGUAACCAUAUGACUUGCAUUGAAUUGCAGGUGACUGGCUUACGUUAUAGAUAUUUAAACAUUACUUCUGAUUAUGCAAUAUCUUUUUCAGACUUGGGAGCCAGUGGCUUGGGAUUUCAUUGUUUCCCUGUUUGUUUCAUUGUUGUCCUUGUUUUGCAAACCUCCAACAUUUAAGGAAGUCUUAGAAAGAAAGGCUCUUAAAGCCAGGCCUUUUUGCUUAAAGGACAGUGAUUGAAACAGCCAUUUGAUGUAAACAAGGAGACUGUUAAAUUAAGCCAAAGUUGGAGAUACUAAUAACUAAAAUCUUUUAGGCUGGUUGCCUUCUGCAUUGUUUAUAGCCUUUUAAAUUUCAACUAUUUGGAUCAAAGGAAAUAAAUAGGCUGCUUUCACAUGGCCUUGGCACAUUAGCACACACACAGCUACUACAGGUGGAAUUCUAGGCUGGGUUGAUGUGCCAAAGCACACAGAUCUGUCUUACGUGGUUGUAUUUAAUCACCAGCCCCCACCCCCCAAUUCCUAUGAAAAUAUAUUCAAGUGCUUUACUCCCAAGAAAAUUCUAAAAUGAGACUCAUUAUUUAGAUCAUUGCUUCUCUCAGAGGAGGGGUACUGAUUUUGUGACAUAAUCUUGAAGAAAAUCACCAGCCAUUAAAUACCUUGACGGUCACUCCUGUUCCAAUCCACAAGCAUACCCUGGUCUUCUCCCAUCUUCCCAGAGGGCAGCCCGGCCUCCCUCUUAAGUAGCACACAUAUUAUAAAGACCUCUUCUAAAGCUCUGAAUAGACUCCCUGUUCAAGCAUAAUUCCAAAAAUGCAAUCUGAAUUUUGAGUACCACCUUGAUCCUUGAUGAUUCCCUAAAUCAAUUCUAAUUAUUUAUAUCUAUCUUCAGUGUUUAAGCCACAAUCAACUGCAUUUAUAUGUUUGCAUUGGUCACUUCCUGCUCACUCUGUCACAGCUUUUGAGCAAGCCUACACGAUAAAGAAUCUGCCUGCCGUGCAAGAGACCAGGGUUCAAUCACUGGGUCAGAACGAUCCCCUGGAGAAGGGAAUGGCAACCCACUUCAGUAUUCUUGCCUGGAGAAUCCCAUGGACAGAGGAGCCUGGUGGGCUACAGUCCAUGGGGUCGCAAAGAGUCGGAAACGACUGAGCAACUAACACCUUCAUUUUCACACCAAUUCCCAUUUAAGACAUUUGAGAAAAGACCAGAAAUAUUUCCCUGUGUACCAGCUGCAGAAGUUUUGAAGCCCAUAACCGGGUUCUUUUUCACAUCAAAAGGCCCCUGUUUAUAGGUGGAAACCUUAAAGAGAAAUGGGGGAGUGCAAGGGGGUAGUAUUUACAUUUGAACACUGGAACCUGUGUCUUUUUCAUCAUAAUCCCACUCUCCCAUCAUGUCACCCUUCUCUUUCUAAAAGCAGCAACCUCUUUGCUGAGUUGACCUCCCACAUGGGGUAGUCAGGGUUCCACUUGCUUAAAUUCACUCAGCUUCUUGACCCUGCCCUGUCUCAGUCGUGAUUGGCACAGAAGCAAUUCAUCUGCCGAAAAACCAAGGCAGCACAAAUGUUUUGAAACGAAUUCCACUAAAACUCUUGUGUCACUCCAUCAUACCUGCUGUAGUUCCAGUUAACCCAACUAUUUAAUAUCAUUAGGUACCAAAUUAAACAGCUGUACACAAAAUUUUAGAAAAGAUCAAUAUUGUAACACAAUUACAUAUUAGCCAUCAAAAGUACCCAAGAAAAGAAAAUGUUGAACUGUUGUUUCUGUACUUGAAUUAUUCUUAAAAUUCUGUGGAGACUGGCAAUGCUCUGAUAAAGGGGAAACCGUUUCGAGUUCAAGAAUACUUGCAUUCAAGAGAAAUCGCGCGUCUCUCUGGGCCUUUGCUCAUCUGUCUGGGAUGUUACCUGUUCUGCCUUAGCAGACAGGGUUGUUUGGAGGCUAAAUUGAGCUAAGGGGAGAAGCUAUUCUGUAUCACCGAUGUCUGUAUAUUCAUCAUGGUGAGCAGGGUUAUGGGCUUUCAUCAGUGAAUUCCUUUCCCUUGUACUGUGCCUUUCCCUCAUAGCGGCUUUUACUGAGUCCAUUCUGGGAUGCUAAAAAGUAAAAUGGUAAGAAAGCAACAAUCAACAUUUUGGGGAAGCUACCAAAUUAUUUGAGGGAAUGCUACUUAGGAAGGAACUUCAGUAGAUGUUUUGGUACAACUUAUUAAAAAGGUAAAGGUAACUCAAGCAUUUUGUAUGCACACACAAUACAUGGGGGCUGGUCUGCCGAACCCAUGGCCAGGGUGACCAUUUAUCUCCACCUCCCAAAGGUUUAGAGUGCUGUGACCGAGCUGAGGGAGAGAGUUCGGGCUGGGCUGAGCGCAGGUGAAGAUUGCCAAUCCCCAGGUUAAAGAAGGCCGAUGAAGUUGAUGAAUUGCAGGCCACAGGAAACAGCCACAUCGAACUUCCUAGAUGAGCUGGUAUCUUUGUGCUGGGAAAGGAAGAGGAAGAAAAAUCACACCGCGUGUACUGAAUAUAAAAUGAGUGCUUUCAGUUGCAUAUGAGUGGAAAAAAUUCUGACCAAAAAAAAAAAGUUCACUAUUUUACAAACACUAACAAACAUGGCUAUAAAAGCACAUUUCAUAACGCAAAAGCCUGCGUAAAUGGGAGACAUUUUUAUAGCUUCCUUAAGUGAGUAGUUAAACCAGCAGUCUGAAAUCUCUUAGUCCCCUAAGAGUGGUUAAUUAAAUAUUUUCCUUAUUCAUUGCCCACAACUGUGGGUUUUUUUUUUCUCUAUGCACCCUAGAAAAAUUCCCAAGACUAGACUUAAGGAGGACACAAGCUGGUUAUGUAGUAAAAUAAGAGUGCCUUUUCUGUUGGAUGUUCAUUUUAGUUCCUUGAGUUCCCAGGGCAUACAAUGUUUAGAAACUUCUUUCUCUAAACAUAGGAAUUAUUGCACACCACGAUUUUGAACUACCGAUUUCCAUAUCUUAAGCAGCUAUCAACUUGCCAAUUCCCUUUGGGUCUUCUUGACAUUUUUCUUAUAAUGUUUCCUUGUGUUUUGGGUUGUCCUCAAAAAGAGUUUUGGGGGUGGGGGGGCAUGAUUCUUUUUAAAUUGAUAGAAAUGAAACUACAGAUUUUUGCCCCCUUGUAUCUGUGAGCAUGAUCUCUAUCAGGCUUGAAAAUCUGCUUUAUCAUUUUGUAUAUUUGACUAUUUUGUAUUCAGCAUUACUUGAUUCCUUAUGUGCAUGGCAAUGUAUUAAAAUGUGGGAUUUCUA